AUGGCUGCCGCUGAUGUGCGUGACAUGCUGGACUUGCCCGCUGAGGGCCAGCCCAGACCGCAUAAGAAGCACAAGGUUGUUGAGAAGCGACCAGAGGGAAUUACUCGUGAACUAUACGCGCUAUUGGGAGAACGGGCGCCGCCUAUCGCCAUCAAUGAGAACAAAUACAAGGGGCGCCCGAAAUGGAUGAACAAGCUGCGUGUGCGACCGUGGCGCAUGACACCUUUCACCAACGGUGCCCGGUCCGACACCUUGGUCCUGAAUCACUGGCAACGCAAGCAUGAGUCAAAUCGACCCCCCGCGCCCGAGGGAUCCGAGAUGGAAGUGGACGAGAAAAAGGAAAAGACCGAGGGCGAGCAAGAGGAGGCACCCAAGCCUUUGGAACAAGAAUACAACUUCGCCAAGUACAACAUCAAGGCCCGGCUACCACAGAAAUACUCGGACGAAGUGUACAACCGCCAUCUGCAAAACAACGAAUGGACCCGCGAGGAAACAGACUACUUGAUGGAAUUGGUGCACGACUAUGACCUCCGCUGGGUAGUCAUAGCCGAUCGCUACGAGUACCAACCACGCGUAGAUUCCGAAGCCGACUCCAACGCCCUCGUACCAGCCAAGCACUACCGGACGAUGGAACAAAUGAAAGCACGUUACUACUACAUCGCCGCAACAAUGCUGGCAAUGGAGCACCCACCAUCCGAGAUGUCCGAAGCAGAAUUCGACCUCCACGAAAAGAUGCUCAAGUUCGAUCCUGAUCGCGAACGAGACCGUAAGGAACUCGCCGCGUUACAACUAAACCGAAACGCCGAAGAAGUCCACGAAGAAGCCAUGCUCCUCGAAGAACUUAAACGCAUCACAAGCAACGAGCAGAACUUCAUCACAGAACGCCGUGAGCUCUACUCCCGCCUCGAGGUCCCCAUCAGCGUCGGAAAUACCACAGUCUACCAAUCCAGCCAAGGUCUCUCCCAACUCCUCCAGACUCUCCUCCAAGCCGAUAAGAGCAAGAAACGUCGCUCGAUCCUUGGUCCAGAGGGUGCAGUCGCUAGUCCUGCUGGACAAACACCAACACAAGCAAACCCACACAGCCGCGGCGAAACACCCAGUACCAACCCAGCCGCAGCGAACAAGAAGGGAAGUACAGCCAGUGUACCUGCCGUGCGCGAAGCCCAGCCUAUUCGAACACUCACCGCAGCCGAAGAGUCCCGCUACGGUGUACAACACCACGACCGCGUUACAGCAGGCGUGCAAUUCCGCAGUGAUCGUGCGCAGAAACUCACGCAAGCGAAGUCCAAUGUGCAGACACUUAAACUUGCUGGAGCGCUUUCUGAAUUGGAGAUUCCUGUGCGUUUGUUCAUGCCUACCGAGCGUGUCUGUAAGGAGUUUGAGCGGUUGAUCCAGUCUGUGAAUCUGCUUCUGGAUGCGCGGAAAGUUGCCGAGAAGGUUGAGGGUGAGAUCCGGGUUCUUGAAGCGGCUAAGGCUGAGCGAGAGAAGAAGUCGCAGCCUGAUGCUUCGGGUCAUCCGGAGGUGAAGACUGAGGCGGAAGAUGGGACUAGCGUUUUGCAAUCUACUGCUGCAGAUGGAGAUGCGAAUGCUGGUCAAGUUGAUGCGGAGACGAAGGAGGAUAGGAAUCACAAGCGUUCUGCUAGUGUGCUCAGUGGCACGAGUGAUAAAAGCUCUAAGCGACAGCGUCGGUAG